UACGAUAUCCUUCUUUUGCGACAUUUUGCGUGCAAUAGAUCAAUCUUAGAGAAAAGGCCUACGUUUCACUUACCGAAGCACAAAAAUCCUCCACGUUUUGGAAACCUACCAAUAUGGGUAAGGCUGCCAAAUCUAGAUUACGAUCGAAUCCUUCGUCGUCAAAGCAUCAGAUAAGUCAAAGUUGCAUCUGAUCCAUUCUAUUUCAGUUUGUGUGUCACUUAAUUCUUAUACGACUGUAUUCUCUGUUUGCAUUCGCCGGCGAAAUAUGUAUCUCCGGCGAAGAGAGCCAGACUUGAGGAGGUUGUACUCACCCCAUCCACGCUUGGUGCUGAUGUCAUCAUUAUUCCCGACGAACGACAAACCAAAGUUGAUAGAGAAGUCUAGUGGAAAAGGCAAAGCCCAUAAUGGAUUAAACAAGGAUGUAGAGAGCAUAGUAAUCAUUAUUUGUGUAUGUCUCGACCACAACGUAUUGAUUUGUAGAGAUAGUCAACAGGUUACCCUUGUUUUCGCAAGCUGUUCUGGAAUUCAAGAUCGAUUCGCAUCUUGACCACAAUGACGAGCAAGUCAAUGUAGAGCAUUACAUUUUUCUAUCCAUUCUACCACGAGAGGAGAUUUUGGCACAAACUAUCCAUAACACGUUAACCAUGAAGGUUUUGUGGACCUUAUGUCCCCACUCGUUUGUGGAUGGUGAGGUAAGUUAUUAUGUGAGCAACAACAUUUUAUAAAUCGUUUGUACCAUUUACGCAAAAAUGAGUUGUUCAUACUCCCUCCAGGUACACUAGGAGUAAUGUUGUAAUGGUUACUUAUGGCUGCCUCACUUCCGAUCUAGUUGAUUAGGUUUGUAGUAUGCAUUUUAUACGUUCUGGUGUUAUUCCUAUACAUAUUAGGCUAUUUCAGUAUUUAGGUAGUUUCCUUUCUGGAUUUUCUGGUCUACUUCAUUAGGUUUAAGGACUUCCUUAUUAAGAUUACGACAUACUUCCUGUUUAGUGUGAAUUUACUUCAACUUUCAUCUAACUCCAUCUAUGUUAACUAUGUGACGCAUGAGCAGGAGCUCGCUACUUGAUGUGGCUUGAAACCUAAGAAGGCAUUGGAGUUGUACGACCACACUUUCCUGACACAGGCAGAGAAUUACGAAAAGGUUGUUUCUUCUCACCACGUGGUCUCCUCUGAUUGCCUAGUGCAUGUACCAAUAUGUAUAGGUCUAAUAAGGAUUAAAUGUUUGGUCAUGUGUAGGUGUGUCUUCCGAUGAAGGAUAGGCAACAUGAUGGGAAGGUGCACUGGUACAUGGAUGUCGUUUUUAUCAAGGUGCAAGAAGUUCACAUACUUGAUACAAGUCAAUCUGAGGACCGGAAGCCAUUACGUCAGAGAGAUGUGGAAAGAAUGGUGGAUUUAUUAAAUUGUGUGUGGUUCUUAUGUAAUCAUCCAUCUAUAUCUGUAUUUUUCAUUACCAACGCUUCAUCAACUGUGCAUAUUGCGUUUUUGCAUAGCUUGUGGCAGGCUCUGUACCUUGAAUGCGAAAACACAUGCGAGCCGGUAAGAUUUCUAGAUUAUACGUACAUAAGUCCUUCUCGCCAAUAACAAAUGGAUGAGUAAUAAUGUUUCUCUAUGCGUCAUUUCAAAGGCAUGUUGACUCGCACGAAACUACACCACAAAUUAAUCACGACUAGAGCCCAAGUAUAUAAACUCUAGCCGGGUGCGGUAUAGAGCAAGUAUUUAAAUUGUCAACCCGGGCCGAUCCAUGUACCCCUACUUCAAUCGCUUAGGUUGUUAUCUAUCAAGCAACUUUUGGGUUUAUAACUAAUGGAACUACAAACUAAACUAUCAAGGAAAAGUAAAUAAAGGAAACUAAGGGAGCUUCACCCGGGAGUUGCUCCCCCCUAACUAGCUACCAUGACUCGUUGGAUUGAAUGAAGUCUUGUGGCGUAGGUGGUUGUGAACCGCAGGGGUGAGCAACUAGUGAUCGAUUUGUCACGGAAUCAAAUCACUAGCGAUCAAUUUGCCAAGGGAUCGAUCCACUCACCAAAUCUAAGGGAACCACCAGGAGGAGCAAGUACUGAUCCAUUUGUCACGGGACGGAUUCACUGGAGGUCGAAUUGUCACGGGAUCGAUCCUCUCACUCAGUCACUGAAACCGGAGGCUUAAUCACAACCAACCUAGAUGCAAACUCGUAAAGGCGAACCGCAGAGGGAUGCAAAUAUCGUCGUAGACCACAAUCUCGAUUGCUAAAUCGAGGUAAACAUUAAAGGCCGUGUCAAUCGACCCUCACUGUUUAGGCAAUCGUAGUUGACUUACUCCCUCACUCAACUCAAAGGUCGGACGGGUUAAUACGAUAAAACCAUUUGCUUAAUUCAACAUUGACGGUUGCCCUAAAUUAACCUAGGUUAAAGUGGCUAGUUAGAUUGCUAAACACCAAAAUGCACAAACCUAAUGAUGCUAAGCACAAAACAUGCACAAACAUGCACAAUCGACAUGAAUAAUACCUCAAUCAUUGAAUUAAACAAUACCCAAUGACAAUCAUUCAAUCUAAACAAGUAAUUACAAAGUAUUAGUUAGGGAUCUAAAACACCCAAGAGAAAAGAGUGAGUUUCAAGAGAGAAAGAGAGAGGGAUUACUAAUUUGAGCUCAAGAUCUUCUUCUUCUUCUUCUUCUUCUAGGCUUGAACCGCCACCCAUGCCUCCAAUGAUGCCCCAAGAUCACUCUAGCACUCUCUCUCUCUCUCUCUCUCACUAGAACUCCCCUUUGGUGUUUUAGGUUGAAAUCCUAGAGAAAGAAACCAAUUCUUCUCCAAAAACCAGCUCUCCUUUCUCUCUCCCUGCUAUUUAUUGGGAUGACAUAUUUGUCCAGGUAUACUUUUUUUAUAUUUUCUAGUAAAUGGUUUUUUGGUUUUGACAAACUUAGAUUUACUAAGUUGUUUAUUGUAGGCUAAGUGUAAGCAAAAUGCAUUGAACCGAAGCAAGUUAAAGCAUCCACACAACCAAGGACCCAAUGCAUUUGUGCCCUCGCUUCAUGAAAUGGUAGUUUCCUAAGGUUUUAACAUGUAAUGAUUGUUUAUAAUGAAUUAUAUUAUCUAUGAAUAGAUAAUGUUGUUUGACACAUGUAGAAAGCACGUGAAAAGCUUAAAGGCAAUGAUGACUUCACUAAGAUGGAUUUCUAUGAGCGGACAAGAAGUAAGGAUGGAAAAUGGAUCAAUAACAAUGUGAAAAAAGCACAUGUAAGUUAGUUUUUUAAUUAUAUUUUAGUCCUUAUAAUAAUGGAUGACUUAUGGCCAUCUGGAGGUGAGUUUUCCUUAUAUAUUAUUAUAAGUUUGGAGCUUUUAGUAUAUGGAGAGUAUAUAUGUAAAGUCUAUACCUCAUGAUAAAUGGAAACUAAACAUUUGAACUUUAUCUUCGGUAAUUUGGUCAAGUGCUUACUUUAAAAGCUAAUAAGAAGGGACAUGGUUAUGAUAUAAGGGGAUUAAGAAUAUUAAUAAUAAUUUAUAACAACAAUCAUAUUUUCAGGAGAAGAUGCGAGCAAAGGUGGAUGAAAGCAAAGACACCAAUCAUCCUAUUAAUGGAAAUGAUGCAUUUAAUGAUGUCCUAGGAACCAAAUCAAGUGAUUGGCAAGCCUCGGACAUGGUCCAUCUCCUCCAGCUAAAAAGGCCACAUACAAGGAAUUAAAUGAGCGAUACAGGAGACUAGAAGAGCAAAACAGCUUGUUGUUGCACGAGCGCGACGAUUACAAGGAACAAUUGACUUCUACCAACAAUAAGAUGAAGGAACUCGAGGACAAUCACAAUGAACAAAUGGCUUCGUCAAUGGAUAGGGUGAAAGAACUAGAGAAGAAGGGUGCAUUCUUUGACAACAUAGCCUGCCAAUUGCUGAAACAAGAAACGGUCAGCUUGGACAAUGGUAAGAUACACGAAAUUAUCCAUUUCAAUAGUCUAUAUAUUAUGACUGAGCUUAGAAUAUGUCUAGAGAUAGGGAUAAUUUGUCUAAGAUUGAGUUAGUACAUUUGUCAUUUUUCAAGAAUAAAGGGAAAAUGAACUUUAUUUCCACCUGCUACAAUUCAUUAGAUUAAUGAAGCAAUGAUUGGUAUGCAUGAAUUUGCAGCAUGUACUCUACUUUGGAGAACACAUCAGCAACUCCUUAUCUAUUACUUACCUCUCUUUCGCACAUAAUAAAUAGAUAGAAAAGAGGUAUAACUGUGGAAAGUAACAACUAAGGGCUAAUAAAAAGAUGUAAGCUCAUAGAGAACAUGAGGUUGUUGGUAGAUAAUAGUUGGCAUGUGGAUUGUCAUUAGUAUAAGUUUCGAUGGUAUUCUCUUUAUUUUUUGAGAUUAAAGAAGUUGAUUCACAUUUAUAAAAAAAAUAAGCCAUGUUAGGUUUUUCUAUCUUAUGAGAUUUGUAGCCUUAGCUGCACUUUGUGUUUACGACAUGAUAUCUUUGUAUAUGUGCUUACAAUGUGCUAGUUUUAUAUUGCAGAUCCAAGGUGAGGUAAUUAGCCUACUGAUUUUGAGCAAUGAGAGUGCUUUAGGGAAGUGUCAAUGGCCAUGCUUUGUGUCAGCGUGCUAUGUUGAAGAUGUGAAUCUCUUUGAAACACGUUGUCUAUUUUUGUGACCAUAUUUUGUAUGGGUCAAUUCCUAAAGCCAACUCUCUAUUAAUUAUAUGUUAGAGAGAUGGAGCAUGUGUUCUCUUCGGUUGAAAUGCUUCAUGCUCUUGGAUGUGUAGGCACAUGAAAUUAUGUAAACUUACAUUUUUAGUUGAGUUAUAUGAAUGACAGGUGGAUUUUAACAAGACAAUUAUGUUAUCUGAAAUUUAGUUCGUCACAAAAAAUCUAACAUUCAUCACCAAUUAGCAAGACUGAAGAACAAUAAAAAAAUUUUGUGACGGAUUUCUUUGUUACCUAAGGGUUUUGAUCGUCACCAAUGGCACCCAUCUGACAGCUAAUGGGGCCAUAACUCUACUUUAGGUAAUGAGAAAGUUACAUUCGUCACCAAAUGGUAUACAAUCUGUGACAGUUUACAUCAUCACUAGAAGAAAAUCUUUUGGAAGGAAUCCUAAAACCGUCACCAAAAGUCCAUUUUUAUGACAAAUGAAUAUCGUGACAAAAAGUAGAAGUUUAUGUGACGAAAUUUUUUGUCACUUAAAGCUCUGUCUUGGGUGACGAAGCUAAAAUGUUUCGUCAUUGUAGCCUUUUGCAACGGCGUAUACGUGACGACCCUUGUGACAAAUGUUUUAUUGUCACAAAAGCCUUUUGUGACGCGAACUGGCGUAUUUGGUGACGAAAUUUUUUGUUACAAAAUACUGUUUUUCUUGUAGUGAACUAUUCCGAAAGGAAGAAGGUGCAAGUGGCAGCCCUCGAGUUUACAGAUUAUGCUAUCAUAUGGUUGGAUCAAUUAAGCAUGAGGAGGAGGAAGAACAAGAAGCCUCCUAUUGAGACGUGGGCCGAGAUGAGAAGCGUUAUGCGAGAUUGUUUUGUCCAUAGCUAUCAUCGUAGGGAGAUGCAUCAAGAUGUACAACUUCUACGACAAGGCACCAAGAGCGUAGAGGAUUAUUAUCAAGCGAUGGAGAAGCUUAUGAUUAGAGCGGAUCCAAAGGAGGAACAUGACACCACCAUUGCACGAUUCCUACAUGAUCUUAAUCGAGAAAUUAGAAAUGUGGUGGAAAUUCAUCCCUAUGCGGAUUUAUAUGACUUGGUUGCAAUGGUGACCAAAGUGGACAAACAACAAUGUAGCAAUGUUGGGAGGAGAUUCAUGGCACCUCAAAAUGCACCAAGGCCAGGAGUGCCAUCGACUUCAACCUUCAACCUUUAUGAUCUUGCACCAUAUUUGGAGGACAACUCGGAUUUGAGGUCAAAUCCUUCUCGAUAGGGAGGGACUGAUGAGCUCAUCAAAACCAAGUCCAUUUCAUCACAAGAGCGAGUGACCAGAGAGAGAUAUCAGUCUCUCAUUCUUCGCAUCCAAAAGAAGAUGGCUCCGUUGAAGGCUAAACGCCUGUCCUUCGCGGCUCGCCUCACUCUGACUAAAUCGCUUGUUGCGUCCCUCCCGGUGUACAACAUGCAGACGGAAUUGAUCCCUAGUAACGUCUACAAGAGCAUCGACAAGAUCAAUAGGGACUUCAUAUGGGGGGGACGAGGCUGACAAGAGCAAAAUGCAUUUGGUGGCUUGGGAGAAGAUGACUACUCCGAAGAGUCAGGGUGGAGUGGGAAUCAGACCUACAAGACAAGCCAACCUAGCCAUGUUAGCUAAAAGCGGGUGGCGUCUAAUGAACGAAAAAGAUAACC